AUGCUUUCCAAAGUCACCAAUGUGGCUGCGUCGAUCUCGCGCCUAGCGGCAUUGCGGCCAAUCCACUUUUCCAUCAUCACAUGCUUGUUGGCCUCGAUCGCCUACUUGGCUGCGGUAGAUGAGUAUAUUCCAGGCUCAUUCGACAGCGACCAACAGCAGGUGCUGUACUACCAUCCGCCUGGCGCUGCUGACUACAGCAAAUGGCACAGAGUUGAGGAUAUCACUCCUUUCGAGAACGCCGACCACUACUCCAUUGUUCCCUUGAAAUUUCACCGUUUCCAGACCGCGUCUGUGCCCGAGAUCCAGAACACCAUUGUGACUUCUGACAACGAGCGUCUCUUGGUCGUGCCUUCCACCGAGUUGCAGUCCGUGUUGGAGGACCUCAACGAGAUCAAUUACGACGGCGUCACUUGGAAGGCCAGAUCUGACUACUUUUUGCGUCGUUACUACGGCUACGCUCGCCAUGCCUUCACCAAACUCCGCUCGUUGGUGCAGGGCGCUGAGGCAUUCGACAUUGGCUUAAUCUCCCUGGCUUAUGUAGCUAUGAUCUUCACCAUCGUAAAGCUCUUCAUCGACAUGAAGCAGGACGGCGCCAACUUCUUGCUUGCCUUUGCCACUCUUGUCUCCUCGAUCUUCGCAUUUCUCUUCGCAUUAGCUGCAUCCACCAAGCUUUUGAACACAAAGGCUUCUUUGCUUUCCUUAACCGAGGGUGUCCCAUUCCUUACCGCCAUUGUUGGCUUUAAGCAUAAGAUCUCCAUCGCCAAGAUGGUGUUGAAGGCUGCAUCCAGUCAGUCUGACGUCAAGACCCUUGUUUCCGGUGCAGUUGCCAGCCACUCCCUCAGUAUUUUCAGAGAUUACGGUGUUGUUUUUGGCGUUUUGUUGCUCACUGGUUUGUUUUCCAGCGGCAUGGAGGGUCUUCAAACCUUCUGCUUGGUCGCCUGCCUCUUGUUGGCGUUCGACCUCUUGCUCACUUACACCUUUUUCGCCGCCAUUUUGGCUUUGAAGGUUGAGAUUCACAGAGCACGCAAGACUCAGGAGAUGCUGUCCAUGCUCGAGGAAGAGGGCGUUUCCUCUCUUGUAGCUGCUACUGUUGCAAACAAGGCAUCUGAAGCCUCUAAAUCCGAGGGUUCUGGAAAGAGCUCCACCGCCUUGUCCUUCAAAGUUGCUGCUCUUGGCGUAUUUUUCCUUGUCCACGGUAUUUACUUGGGAAGCUCUUGGUUCCACGGUGCUGGCGACCUGAGCUUUGCUGCCGAGGCACAGAACUUGUCUUAUACUGCUUGCCAAUACAUCACCAUCGGCAAGAAAGGUACCGUGGUCACAUUGCUCAGCCCAACUAUCUAUGCUCCAUUUGGUGCUCUUGUUAUUGCUGAAGACGUGGUUGCAACUGUGAUCAGCAUCAUUUCUUAUGCCAUUACUGACAGCUUCAUUUCUAAGUUCCUUUUGUUCUCCUUUGCCAUCUCCAUUUCAUCCAACAUUUACCUUUUGAAUGCCACCAGAUCCCAACGUCAUGCCACUCGCAAGUUAAUCGAGAACGAGAUCUCAAAGCCAAAGAUUUCGAACCAAAGCAAUGGUGACAGCAAGCCUGAAGUUGUCAGAACUGUCGUGAGAUCAACAUCUCCCAUUGAUAAUGACGACUCCUUGCCCGUGCGUCCCGUUGAUGACUGCUUCACAGAAAUGCAGAAUGGCCGUCUCAAGGAACUCACUAACAACGAAGUUGCUUCAUUAGUUGUUAGCGGCAAAUUGCCUUUGUAUGCAUUGGAGAAGCAUUUAGCCGACAAUACUCGUGCUGUGAUCGUCCGUCGUAAAGCUAUCGCUAAACUUGCAAAUGCCCCAAUUCUCGAUACCGAUAGCUUGCCAUAUGCUCACUACGACUACGACAGAGUCUUUGGUGCCUGUUGCGAGAACGUUAUUGGAUACAUGCCACUUCCUGUUGGUGUCGCUGGCCCAUUGAUUAUUGAUGGCGUUCCCUACCAUAUCCCAAUGGCUACUACUGAAGGUUGUUUAGUCGCAUCCACCAUGCGUGGUUGUAAAGCAAUCAACUCCGGUGGCGGUGUUAACACGAUUAUUACACAAGAUGGUAUGACCAGAGGUCCAUGUGUCUCAUUUCCUACGUUGGCAAGAGCUGGUGCUUGUAAGCUUUGGUUGGACUCCGAUGAAGGCCAAAACACCAUCAAGAAGGCUUUCAACUCAACUUCUAGAUUCGCCCGUUUACAACACAUCAAGACUGCUAUUGCAGGUACUCUUUUGUUUAUUCGUUUCAAAACCACCACAGGUGAUGCUAUGGGUAUGAAUAUGAUUUCGAAGGGUGUUGAAUUUUCUUUGAAACACAUGGUUGAGAAGUGUGGUUGGGAUGAUAUGAUCACUGUUGCCGUGUCCGGUAACUACUGUACCGAUAAAAAGCCAGCUGCCAUCAAUUGGAUCGAGGGAAGAGGUAAAUCCGUUGUUGCCGAAGCAACCGUGCCAGAUGAGGUUGUCCGUAAGGUUUUGAAAUCCGACGUCGACGCUUUGGUCGAAGUCAAUAUCAGCAAAAACCUAAUUGGUUCUGCUAUGGCUGGAUCCGUUGGUGGUUUCAAUGCUCAAGCCGCCAACUUGGUCACCGCAGUUUAUUUAGCUUGUGGACAAGACCCAGCACAAAAUGUCGAGUCUUCCAACUGUAUGACUCUUAUGAAGAAGACCAUCAAUGGAGACUUGCAAAUCUCCGUCUCUAUGCCCUCGAUCGAGGUGGGAACUAUCGGAGGUGGUACCAUCUUGGAGCCUCAAGGCUCUAUGUUGGAGCUCUUGGGCGUCCGUGGGCCACAUCCAGAUAGCCCAGGAAGCAACUCCCGCCGUUUUGCUUGUAUUGUUGCCUCUGCCGUGUUGGCUGCCGAGCUCUCUCUUUGUUCCGCAUUAGCUGCCGGCCAUUUGGUUCAAUCACACAUGCAGCUUAACCGUAAAGGUGGCACAACAGCUGCAGAAGCACCAGCCCAGAACGGACUGGAUGUUGCGCGUCUCAAGGAGGGUGCAGUCAAUUGCAUCAAGUCGUAG